AUGAGACGCCUCUUUGGCCUCAGCAAGGAAGAGCCGGCGGCGCAAACGCAAGCACCGAGCCUUCAGGAGGCUUCAAGCCGCAUUGACGAGCAGGUGUCAAACCUGGAAGCCAAGAUCUUGAAGACCGAUGAGGAGAUCAAAGGCUUCGUGGCGCAGGGGAGCUCCAACCCAACGGCCAAGUCCAAGGCGUUGCAGGCAAUGAAGAAAAAGAAGAUGUACGAGCAGCAGAGAGAUCAGCUGCUCAGCACGCAGUUUAACGUUGAGAACCUCGCCUUCCAGCAAGAGCAGGCGGAGAUCACGGCCAUGGCUGUAGAGGCCAUGCAGAAAGGCCACACACAACUCAAGGAUCAAACUAAGCAGAUGGAUAUCGCGGCAGUCGACAAGCUAACCGACGACAUGGCAGAUCUGCAGGAUGAGAUGAAAGCCAUCAACGAGGCCCUGGCCCAAGGAUCCAUGGUGCCGGACGGUGCCACAGACGAUGAUCUGGCAAACGAGUUUGCCAAACUGGAGGAGGAGAUGGCGGCAAUGGCACUCGCUGGAGGUGCCGUCCCAGACGUUUCAACCCCAGCCAAGGUGGAGGGCGCUGCCGAGACGGCACCAGCGCGGAAGGAAGCGGAAGCCGCGGUGCCGAGCGCGCCGCCGUGA